UGAACUGCCAUGUAGCGGAAAAUUUUGACACUACAGUAUAAAGCAUGUAAAAACCUUUAUCGGAUAAUGCGUAUAGGUUAAUAUAAAUUUAUGAUUUAUAAGUUUUCUGGGAUUUACGAAUUGAAUUUUUCUCUCUUUGACUCUCAACAUUUUAAGUAUGAGUGUUGACAAGUCUAUUUUACUACAAAAACAAGUAAAAGAUAAUUCAGAGGAUUUACAAACUGAAUUUCUUGACUUGAAAAAUUGGGAGAAGGAAAUGAAACGCAAAGACCAGGAGCUGCGCAAUCAAAACACUGAUCAAAUUUUACCUCCAAUAAGAAGUAAAAAAAAAAAGGUAGUACAAAAGACUGUUACAAAAGAAGAAAAGUGUAAUACAAACAUAAAGCGAAUUAAAUCAAGUGAUUACUCUGCUUGGGAUAAAUUUGAUGUGGAAAAAGCAUGUAAAGAAAUAGAUAAAACAGAUUCAUCUGAAGAAUCUGAAGAGGAAUUAAAUGAAGAUGAAUUAACAAAAAAGCAUGAUUUAGCCACAGAACAUAAACAAAAAGGCAAUAUAUUUGUACAACAAAAAAAGUGGGAUAAUGCCAUUGCAUGUUAUAGUGAGGCAAUAAAAAUUUUUCCAUAUGAUGCUGUUUUUUAUGCAAAUCGUGCUCUUUGUCAUUUAAAAAAGGACAAUUUAUACUCUGCAGAAGCUGAUUGUUCUACAGCAAUACAAUUGGACUCAACAUAUACAAAAGCCUAUCAUAGAAGAGCAAUUACUAGAUUAGAAUUAAAACAAUACAAAGAAGCUAAAGAAGAUUUAGAAAAAAUAUUGAAAUUAGAACCUUCUAACAAGGAAGCACAAAUUAAACUUGCUCAAGUCAAUAAAAAACUAGAAGCUAAGCCAAUUAUUAUAUCCGAGGAAAAUGCAUUAAAAGAAACAUCAGUAGUAAAAAAUAUUGGUGAAAAAAUUUGGAAUCCUAAUAAUAAAAUAAACAAAGAAAUAAAUAAUAAGAAAUUAGAGCAAGAUGUUGUAAAUAAGACAAUAAAAACCAAAACAAAAUAUAUGCAAAUUCCAAAUUGGUUACCAGAGAAAGAUAAUGUUGAAAUUGUAGAGCCUAUUGUUAAACCACCUCACUUACACUCAAAAAGAUCAAUGAAACGUAUUGUAGUACAAGAUGCAGAAUUUGGAAUUGCAUCAUGUAAAAACGAAACUAUUCCAAUUAAUACUACAGAUAAUAUUCAGCAAGCUGAAUCAUCUAAUAUAGUUGAUAAAGUUAUUAUAGAGAAUAACUCUUUAAUUAAACCAUUGGAAGUUGAAAAAAAUGUAUCAAUAGAUCUGCCAAAAGUCCCAAAAACAGCUGUACAAUUCCUUAUAGAUUGGCGCAAAAAUAAGUCAUCACAAUAUCACUAUCAUUAUUUAAAACAAUUACCUUUAAAUAGUUUGCCAAAAAUAUUUCAAGAUUCUAUGGAAUCAGAUAUUUUCAGUGAAAUUUUAGAUACUCUUAGAAUUGAAUUCAUACCACAAAAAGAUUCAGUAUAUCAGUAUUUGAAAGACUUAAGUCAAGUUAAGAGAUUCAGAGCACUUAUCAUGUUUAUUAAUAAUGCUGAAAAAAAUGGAAUAAAAACUCUUCUUGAAUAUUGUAAAAAUACUGAAAAUAAAUCUGAAGAAGAAAUAGAAGAAUUAUAUAAAGCAUACGAAAUUUAAGACCAAAGAAGUUUUAGCUUUAAACAAGUUCAUAAUCUGGCAUAAACUUUAAUGUAAAUAUAUAUUUGUUACAAUAGCAACACAAUUCAUAACACAUGCUUUUGUUUUGCUUCUCUAAAUGUUUGUUAUUUAUUUAUUCAAAAUAAUGUUUAUACGUACUGUAUUGUACCAAAUCGAUUCGAAGAAUUUUUUUUUAAAUCUUUUUAUAUAAAUAUUUUAUGUUAAAAAAUCAUUAACACCAUUUAGUAUAUUUACAAAACGUAUAUUUACAAAAGUACAAUCUAUAUUUCUAUUACAUACAUAUCUUCAAUAUUUAUCGCACUAAUGACGAA